AAUUUUACAUAACAGAAUUACCGGUAUGUGUUCUCUUAUUGAAAAGUAGCGUGCUCAGCGCCUGAUUGCAUUGUGACUACAAAGUGACUACAUUUCCCGUGGUGCACUGAGCUUAGGGUCUUGGUGCUGAACGAUCGCAGAAUUACAUUGCUGCUUAUUGAGGGCCCUGAACCAUGUACAAAGAGUUGGCGGUGGCGUUGGGGCUUGGAGCGGUGGUAGCUCUGGUAUUCCUGAAGAAGAGAAAGAGGGUCCUGAAAGCUCAGGAUGGAUGGUGGGGUGUGGGAGCUUGUCCCCAAGGACCUGAGGAUGACAGUGUCCGUCCUUUUAAAGUUGAGACAACUUCAGAAGAGAUUGAGGAUCUGCACCACAGGCUAGAUCAGACCCGUUCCUUUCCUUCUCUUGAAGACAGUCAGUUUAACUAUGGCUUUAACUCCAGAUACCUUGAGAAGGUUGUGUCGUAUUGGAGAAAUGAUUUUAACUGGAGGAAACAAGUGGAUAAACUGAACAAAUACCCUCAUUUCAAGACCAAAAUCGAAGGUAUUGAUAUUCACUAUGUCCACGUGAAACCAAAGAACCUGGCCGAGGGAACCCGUGCUGUGCCUCUGAUGAUGGUACAUGGAUGGCCAGGCUCUUUCUAUGAGUUUUAUGGUAUCAUCCCCCUGCUUACGGAGCCAUCCAGUCCUGAUGACAUAACCUUCGAAGUCAUUUGUCCCUCAAUACCUGGUUAUGGUUUCUCAGAGGCUCCACAUAAGAAAGGUUUUGACACUGUAUGUGCAGCUCACAUAUUUAAUAAACUGAUGAAGAGGCUUGGUUUCAACCAUUACUAUGUUCAGGGAGGAGACUGGGGCUCGCUUAUUACCACUAACAUGGCCCAGCAGGAGCCCAAUGCUGUGAAAGGCCUCCACAUUAACUUUGCUCCCCCUGCACAAGCAGGCCUCCUCAUGAUGUUGUCUAUUAUUUUUGGUCGCCGAUUCCCCAAACUCUUUGGCUUCACUGAGCAUGAUGUUAAACGCCUUUUCCCCACCAAGGAAAAGCUUUUAGUAGACGCAUUAAGGGAGACUGGAUACAUGCACAUACAGUCCACUAAACCUGACACUGCAGGCCGUGGAUUGAAUGACUCUCCCGUUGGUUUGGCUGCCUACAUUUUGGAGAAAUUUUCAACCUGGACUGAACCGGAGUUUAAGAACCUUGAGGAUGGUGGGCUGGAGAGGAAGUAUUCUCUUGAUGAUCUCCUGACAAAUGUGAUGAUCUACUGGACCUCUAGGAGCAUUAUAUCCUCCAUGCGUUUCUACAAGGAGAACUUCGGCAAAGGCCUGAACCAGCCCCAUGCAAAGCUUCCAGUUUAUGUUCCGACCGGUGUGGCCUCUUUCCCUAAUGAGGUGAUGCAUUCCCCUAAAUUGUGGGUGACACAGAAAUACCAUAAGCUGAAGACUUACACUCUCAUGGCUCGCGGGGGCCAUUUUGCUGCUAUGGAGGAGCCACAGUUAUUGGCAGAGGAUGUUCAGAACUUUGUCAAGAUUGUGGAAAAGAGAAAGAAGAAAUAAACAGUUCUAUGUCCUUUUAUCCAUGGGACUAAUGGAACACAGUGUUUAGAUUCAGAGAUACAUGAAGUUAAAAAAAACAACUGUUGGACCAUAACAGAUGACUAAUCCUAAUCAUAACUGUGUCAGAAACUAUUUGCAUUACAUUCAAUUUAUGUAAUAGUCCUAUUAAUCCUAGAAAUGUAUUAACACAAUUUUAUUUUUAUUAUGAGCCUUAGUUUUAUUGCCGUUUAAAUAAUUCUAUUAAAACGACAGGAGCUAACUUACAGUGAUUAUUUAUGGAGCUGUCCGAAUGGGACCACGUGAAUCAAUUUAAUGCUGAUGUUAAACCGUAUGAAAUGAUAGUCGACACUUUAUCGAAGCGCUUUCUAAUUGCAGUUAUUGUAUGAUAGCAAAACGUAGUAAAGACUGAAAUCAAAAAAGACUGUCAGGAAGACAUUUUUAUUGUUAUCAAGACAAAUUUAAUACCACUUUUUCAUUACAAACAAUUCAUUAAGAGGAAAAAUGAGUGUUCAUGAUUCAAAGUAAUGCCCACUAGAGUGGCUAAGUAUAUCUGUUCUUCUAUUCUUCAUUCAUCUAUAUAAAUAAAAGUAUCAUCGCUUAUAGAUGCUCUGCUGGCCAAUGCAAUUUCCUCUUUUUCCACAUAAUGGAAAGUUCUUGGCGUGAACUUUCAUGACCAAUCAAAUAAAGAGACGCUAAGUGAAGGCACGACCAAAGCAAUGAAGCUGGUCAGACUCCAUUGCUUAUGGUUUUCUGGAAUGCAUAUCUGGGAAAUUAAAAUAGGAAAACUUCUAUAAAAAAAUAAAUAUUCUCAUAAUAUUUAUACAACCAUAAAUAUUAUGUAUUGAAAUAUUUAUUUUGCACUAACAAGAGUUGCGCUUUCCAUAGAAAAUGAGUAUUUAAAAAUGUCAUAAAAAACUAUUCUCACAGUAGAGUCCACAUAGGCCCCCCAAGGUCAGUUCUCUUAGGGUUACACAGUUUUAGAUUGUAGGACAGCAUAGUUUAUAAUAGGUCAAUCCCUGCCUGUGCCUUAACAAUUUGUCCUGUUGUAGGCAGUUUUAAAAUGUGCUUGUGAUUUAUUCCUCCUUUGAUCGCUCACAGGGGAAAUGCAUUCAGAAUUAAGACAUUCUCAGGACAAAGAGAAAUGAUCAGUGGAACAAUUCUGAUGCAAUAUUCAGUCUGUAAAUGCAAGUGUUCUAGACAUAUGGGUGUUUUAAACCAUUGUGCACACAUAAUUCAAGUAAUUUCAGGUAUGACAGAUGGCAACUCUACAUGAUCAAGUCUUACACAUACAUACAUUAUGACACUAAUUAUGGAAAACAAAAUGUCUUCUACACGAUGAAUGUGAAUGAAUGACCAAACUUAUGAGAAAUCAAGCUAUGUUUGCAUUUUACAAUAAAGAGAUGAUCUGUA